AUGGAAGAAGAAGAAUGGGAUGAAAGCAAUAUCAGAGAAUUCACAAAGCUAGUAGAGCAACAUGAAAAAACCUGGGAACCUGCUGCUGAAGACCUCAAAACUAUAAAUGUGGGUAGUGAUCAAGCUAAAAAAGAAUUGAAAAUAGGGACAUUGACCACGCCUAAGCAAAGGGUGGAGUUAAUAGCUCUAUUACAUGAGUAUGCAGAUAUUUUUGCUUGGUCUUACGAGGAUAUGCCUGGUUUGAACACAAAUAUCGUGGUACACAAGAUCCUAUUAGAGGAAGGUUGUAAACCAGUCAAACAGAAGUUGAGGAGAGCACAUCCGGAUACAUGGAUUAAAGUGAAAGAGGAACUCGAGAAACAAUGGCAUGCUGGAUUCCUAGAAGUUGUUAAAUACCCAUAA